GAGAGAGGGAGAGUUUUUCUUGAUACAAAAACGCGGAACAUCUCUGCGCGAAGCACCGAAGACCCGCCACGGUUUCUGCGGCCUCCCCCCUCUCCGUUUCCCGUCUUUUCACCGCCGGAAUCCUCCAUCCGAUCGGUUUCCCGGUCACCGCAUUGCAAUCCGAUCGCCGGAUCCAUCGGUCCGACGGGAUUUCUUGUUCUCUGUUGUAUCGCUGAUAGGCUCGAGAGGAAGAGAAGAAAGAAGAGAAAAAACGAGGGGUUUCGCGAUCUCUUUUGGCGUAGGAUCGGAGAGUUUAGGGUUUAGAUUCGGAUACCGGGUGGGUUUAGUGCUACAGAUGACAAUUCCAUGUUCCACUCAUCCGGCAGAACAAUGAAAUGGGCGACAUUGCUUAAGGACAUAAAGGAGAAGGUAGGACUAUCGCAUUCUUCAUCGUCCUUGCCCACCUCUGUCGCUCAUGGAGAGGCCGAGCGCCCGCAACUGGAUGGCAUCUCCGAGUCUGCCGCGAGAGAAAAACAUGAACUUGAGUUGGACUUCAGAAGAAAUUGGGAGUUAUUUCGCUCAUCCAGCUUGGAAAAGGAGAAAGAAGAUGCACUCAAUAUGGCUGUUGAUAUCUUCUGCCGAUUAGUGAAGCAGCAGAUAAAUGUCCCUCAAUUGAUUAACAUGCUUGUUGAACCACACAUAUUCUCUUUUGUCAUUGGAAGAGCAUUUGUUUCAGACGUUGAGAAAUUGAAAAGCUUAAGCAAGACCAGAUGUUUGCACGUUUCAAACAUAUUGGACUUUUUUACCAAUGUCACCAAGGGAGGCAUCAAUCCUGGUUUAAAUUUAUUGUGUGCUGUUCAGGCUCUAGUUUCUGGGCCCCUUGAUAAGCAACCUCUUUUGGAUUCUGGAAUUCUCAGCUGUCUGAUUCAUAUUCUCAACGCUCUUCUUUGUCCUGAUAAUGUAAAUGAUCAACCAAAUCCAGAUGUCUCAGAAACACCUAUAUUACAGGAAAAAGCUCGUGAUGCCAAUGCCACGAAAAGACACCAGCUUGAGGUUGAAGGAAUUAUAGUGCAUGUUAUGAAGGCUUUGGCGAGUCAACCCUCAGCUGCCCUGAGUUUAACCGAGGAUAAUUCGCUGCAGCUGCUGUUUCAUAUGGUUGCAACAGGGUCUUUGACCGUCUUUUCAAAGUUCAGGAUGGGACUCAUUCCUUUACAUACCAUCCAGCUCCAUCGGCAUGCCAUGCAGAUCCUUGGUCUUCUUCUGGUUAAUGACAAUGGGAGCACUGCAAAGUAUAUACGCAAGCAUCAUCUGAUAAAAGUUUUCCUGACGGCUGUGAAGGAUUUUAAUCCUGAAAUUGGUGAUUCUGCAUAUACUAUGGGAAUAGUAGAUUUGCUUCUUGAGUGUGUGGAACUGUCAUAUAGGGCAGAAGCGGGAGGAAUAAGACUCAGGGCGGACAUACACAAUGCACAUGGAUAUCAAUUUCUUGUGCAAUUUGCUCUGGUACUGUCUGCCUUGCAAAAGAAUCAAGUUCAUUCUGUUGAGCGCAAAUUAGCUUCCGAUGAUUUCCAUUCUUCAGAUGGUCUGCAUGGAACUCAUAGCACUGCAGCACAAGAUUCUGGUGGCAGGGGUGAUCUUUCACCACCCCAUCUUUCACCUUCACUAUCCAGGCUGCUUGAUGUCUUGGUAAACCUAUCACAGACAGGCCCAGCUGAAAGUACUACAGUUGGAAGCAGAGGACCUAAACCCAUAAAUAGCAAGGCAACUGCACAUAGUAGUCGACCUUCUGCUGAGAGGAUUGAAGAUGUACGAGAAAGAGACAGUACAAAAGUGAAAGAUCUAGAAGCCAUCCAGAUGUUACAAGAUAUUUUUCUUAAGGCUGACAAUGUAGAUUUACAGGAUGAAGUUCUGAACAGGAUGCUUAAGCUUUUCUCUAGUCAUAUUGAGAAUUACAAGAUAUGUCAAGAGCUACGGACUGUGCCUCUUUUCAUUCUAAACAUGACAGGUUUUCCCAUAUUUUUGCAAGAAAAAAUUUUGAAGAUUUUAGAAUAUGCUGUGACAGUUAUUAAUUGUGUUCCCGAACAGGAGCUUCUUUCUCUUUGUUGCUUGUUGCAGCAACCAAUAACAGCAGAACUUAAGCAUUCGAUUCUUACCUUUUUCAUAAAACUGUUGUCCUUUGAUCAACAGUACAAAAAAGUGCUACGUGAAGUUGGUGUUUUGGAGGUUAUUUUGGAUGACAUCAAGUGUCAUAAAUACCUCUCUGGUUCAGAGAAUUCUAAUCUUCCUCAGAAUAUGUCUACCUCUAACAGUUUCACAAAACACAAGGACAGCAAAGAUGCAAUCCUUUCUUCACCGAAGAUAACAGGAUCUGGUUCAGGAAAGUUUAGAUUAUUUGAAGAUGAGGGCACAAUUGCCGCUGCAUGGGAUUGUCUUGUGUCUUUACUUAAGAAAGCAGAAGCUAACCAAUCAUCUUUUAGGCUGUCCAAUGGUGCUACUCUUGUUUUACCAUUCCUGGCAUCGGACACUCACAGAAGUGGGGUUCUGCGAUUGUUGACAUGUUUGAUAACGGAAGAUAUUAAACAGGCUCAUCCUGAAGACCUUGGUGCCCUUAUUGAGAUUCUUAAAAGUGGCAUGAUUACUAGCAUGUCUGGAUCUCAAUAUAAACUCCAUCAUGAUGCAAAAUGUGAUACACUGGGAGCCCUUUGGCGUAUUUUGGGAGCUAAUCAUUCAGCACAGAGGGUCUUUGGUGAAGCAACUGGAUUUUCACUUCUACUCACAAUGCUCCAUAGUCUUCACAGGGAAGCAGGAAAUGAUGAUACUCAACCUUCUUUAAUGGUUCACAUGAAAAUCUUUUGUUUUCUGCUGCGUGUUAUGACGGCGGGCGUGUACAAUAACUCUGUGAAUCGGAUUAGCCUGCAUUCUGUUAUAUCAUCACAGGCAUUUUAUGAUCUUUUGUGUGAAUCGGGUUUGCUUUGUGUUGAUUACGAGAAGGAAGUUAUUCAGCUGUUGUUGGAGCUUACCCUUGAAAUUGUGCUCCCACCUCAAUCUGUGAAUCUGCAGCAAGCAGAAGGUGUGCCUUAUGAGAUUGUUGAAAGCGGGUCAGCUGGUUAUUUUAUAAGUUCAUCAUCUUUUAGGCCAGAGAAAGAGCGAGUCUAUAAUGCAGGUGCUAUUGUAGUGCUGAUCAGGUCACUGUUGCAAUUCACGCCAAAAGUACAGCUUGAUUUACUCAAUUUUAUGGAAAAGCUUGCUCAUGCUGGCCCCUUCAAUCAGGAAAAUCUGACAUCUGCAGGUUGUGUGGGACUGCUGCUGGAGACAGUCCAUCCAUUCCUUUCAAGCUCUUCAUCACUGCUAUCACAUACUCUGAGAGUUGUACAGGCACUUGGCUCAUACAGAUUAUCUUCAGCAGAGCUCCGAAUCCUUGUUAGAUACAUUUUGCAAUCAAAGCUGAUACAUUCAGGUUACAGCCUUGUGGGAAUGAUGAAAAGAUUGAUUGAUAUGGAGGUAACGACUUCAGAAAAUGUUGCCUUAGCACCUUUCAUGGAGAUGGAUAUGAGCAAGAUAGGGCAUGCAUCAAUUCAAGUAUCUCUUGGGGAGAGAACAUGGCCGCCUGCUGCUGGGUAUUCAUUUGUAUGUUGGUUUUGGUUUACUAAUUUUAUGAGAAGUGCAGAGGAAAAGGAACAAUCUAGAGCCGGUCACACCAAAAAAAUAGCCUUCUCUGGAGGAGGCCAGAAUAUGGGAAAACAUGUUCUCCGAAUCUUUUCUGUUGGAACUGUCGAAGAUGUCAGUUCCUUCUAUGCUGAGCUUUAUCUCCAAGACGAUGGUGUUUUCACUCUUUCAACAAGCAACUCGUGCUCACUGUCAUUCCCCAGUGUUGAGCUGGAAGAGAAUAGGUGGCAUCAACUUGCUGUUGUGCAUAGCAAGCCGAAUGCCUUAGCUGGACUUUUUCAAGCCAGUGUAGCAUAUCUUUAUCUUGAUGGAAAGCUGAGACAUACAGGAAAGUUGGGAUACUCUCCAUCACCAAUUGGAAAACAGUUGCAAGUAACAAUAGGAACACCAAUAUCCUGUGCCAAAAUUUCUGAUCUAUCCUGGCGUAUGCGAUGCUGCUACCUCUAUGAAGAGGUGCUUACUUCAGGUGGAAUUUGCUUCACGUAUCUUCUUGGAAGAAAAUAUCGAGGGCUUUUCCAGGAUGCAGAUCUACUGCAGUUUGUACCUAAUGAGGCUUGCGGUGGAGGCAACAUGGCUAUCUUAGAUUCACUGGAUGCUGAGUCUCCUGUUGCAUCCAAUGUCCAAAGACCUGACACUCUUAGCAAGCAGGGAAGCUUCAAAUCAGAUGGCAGUUGCUUGGUGUGGGACUUGGAAAGGCUGACUAACCUUUCCUUACAGCUGUCUGGGAAAAAGCUCAUCUUUGCAUUUGAUGGAACAUCUGAAUCCUUUCGAACAUCUGGCACACUCUCCAUUCUCAAUCUAGUCGAUCCGAUGUCUGCUGCAGCAUCACCAAUUGGUGGAAUCCCACGCUUUGGUCGUCUCCAUGGUGAUAUCUCUAUCUGCAGUCCAUGUGUAAUAGGAGACAGUGUUCGUGCAGUUGGUGGCAUGACCGUCGUGCUGGCUCUAGUCGAAGCUGCAAAUACUAGGGAUAUGUUGCACAUGGCUCUAUGUUUGCUUGCCUCUGCUCUCCAUCAAAAUCCUCAAAAUGUGCAAGAUAUGCAAGUAUAUCGAGGAUAUCACUUACUUGCUCUUUUCUUGCAUCGGAGGAUGACAUUGUUUGACAUGCAAUCACUUAAUAUCUUUUUCCAAAUUGCUGCUUGUGAGGCUUCAUUCUCUGACAAACAGAAAGCCCAGCGAACUCAAAGUGUUCUGUCUAACAGAAUUACAGUUUCUGAAGCCACCUGUGAUGAUGGUGCAAUGAAGUUUGAUGAUCUUUCAUCUGUUGGGUCUCAUGGUGAUCUGAUGGAAGACUUUGUGGAACAGAAAGACUUAGUUAGUAAUAUCUCAGAGCUUGAAAAUGCUGAUCUACAGCAGGAAAACUCCAACUGCAUAGUAUUGUCAAAUGCAGACAUGGUUGAGCAUGUUCUCUUGGAUUGGACCGUGUGGGUUACUGCUCCCAUUCCUAUUCAAAUUGCUCUUUUAGGCUUUCUGGAGCAUUUGGUUUCCAUGCACUGGUACCGCAACCACAAUCUUACAAUCUUGCGGCAGAUUAACCUUGUUCAACACUUGCUUGUAACUUUGCAGAGAGGUGACGUCGAAGUCCCCGUGUUGGAAAAAUUGGUGGUCUUGCUGGGAGUUAUAUUGGAGGAUGGAUUUUUAGUUACUGAAUUGGAGCUUGUGGUCAAGUUUGUUAUUAUGACAUUUGAUCCACCAGAGUUGACACAGCGUCGCCAAGUUACUCGAGAAGCAAUGGGAAAGCAUGUCAUUGUCAGGAAUAUGUUACUUGAAAUGCUUAUUGAUUUACAGGUGACAAUAAAAUCAGAAGAAUUGCUUGAACAGUGGCAUAAAAUUGUUUCUUCCAAGUUAAUUACAUAUUUUCUUGAUGAGGCUGUUCAUCCUACGAGCAUGAAAUGGGUCAUGACACUGCUUGGAGUUUGCCUUUCUUCUUCCCCUACUUUUGCCCUUAAAUUUCGCAAUAGUGGGGGUUUCCAAGGUUUAGCUCGUGUCCUUCCAAGUUUCUAUGACUCUCCUGAAAUAUAUUACACACUCUUUUGUUUAAUAUUUGGUAAGGCAGUUUAUCCAAGGCUGCCAGAAGUCCGCAUGCUUGACUUCCAUGCGCUUAUUCCCAGUGAUUUGAACCAUAGUGAAUUGAAGUUUGUUGACCUUUUAGAAUCUAUGAUUGCUAUGGCUAAGGCCACAUUUGAUAGACUCAGCUUGCAGUCCAUGUUUGCAUAUCAGGCUGGUGUUCAUUCACAGGUCAGUGCUUCAUUGGCUGCUGAUCUCAUUGAUGGGGCAAACAACAUGGGAGGAGAUCUUCAGGGUGAAGCUUUAUUACAUAAGACUUAUGCAGCUCGUUUAAUGGGUGGGGAGGCAGCUGCUCCAGCAGCUGCCACUUCUGUUCUGAGGUUCAUGGUUGAUCUGGCAAAAAUGUGUCACCCAUUUUCAGCCAUUUGUCGACGAUCAGAUUUUCUUGAAGGCUGUGUAGACUUGUAUUUCUCUAGCGUGAGGGCUGCAUCUGCACUGAAAUUGGCAAAGAAUAUGUCUGUACGAACAUUGGAGGACAAAAACUUGAAUGAUUCUGAUGACACACAUAGCUCUCAAAAUACAUUCUCUAGCUUACCUGAGCAGGAGCAGUCGGCCAAAACAUCCAUAAGUGUGGGCAGCUUUCCUCAAGGCCAGAUAAGUACGAGUUCAGAAGAUUUAGUUGGAGACCAAAAUGUCACAUCUGUAGAUAAUGGUGAUAAAGAAACAACUGCAGAUGAUGGUGAUAAAGAAACGACUGCAGAUGAUGGUGAUAAAGAAACGACUGCAGAUGAUGGUGAUAAUGAAACAACUCUUGCGCUCCUCAGUUCAGACAAACCAUUUCUGGGUGAUGAUGAGCAUGAUAAUGGUGAUAUUCAUGGGCAACUGCCUGGGAUAACCUUUGACUCUGAAGAACUUGUUCAGCAGAGCAGUGAGAUACAUGGUCAUGUUCAACAAGCGGAUUCACUCAGUCCUGUGUCUUUAGUUGUCCCUGAUUCCCCUGCUUUGUCUGAAAAAUCUAACUUCAAGAUUGGUAGCUUUACACCCACUUCCUCACCGAUAAUAGCAUUGACAUCUUGGUUUGGUAGUGCGGGCCAUUCGGAUGGUAAAGUACAUCUUACUGGUACUCCAUCCAUGAAUUCUUCAGUAUCUGGGAGUGAAAUGGAACUGCUACAAGAUGCCAAAUCUAGCUUUCAAGAAUCCUUGGUCGUGAAUAUGCUUUUCACUGUUACUCCUCAGCUUUUGUUGGAAAUGGAAGAUGCUGGUUCUGGAGGAGGACCAUGUGCUGCAUCAGCUAGUGCAGUUUUAGAUUUCAUUGCAGAAGUUCUUGCUGAUAUAGUGACAGAGCAAAUUAAAGCUGCACAAGUUAUUGAAGCCAUCUUGGAGACUAUUCCUUUAUAUGUUGAUGCAGAGUCUGCACUUGUUUUUCAGGGUUUGUGCCUGAGCAGAUUGAUGAAUUUUUUGGAGAGACGACUGCUACGUGAUGAUGAGGAAAUGGAAAAAAAGCUUGACAAAGGCCGUUGGUCCUUAAACCUUGACACAAUAUGUUGGAUGAUUGUUGAUCGCAUGUAUAUGGGUGCCUUUCCUCGGCCUAGUGGUGUCCUGAGAACUUUGGAGUUUUUAUUGUCUAUGUUGCAAUUUUCCAACAAAGAUGGGCGUAUCCAAGAUACUACACCAACAGGAAAGGGCCUCUUGUCCAUAGCAAGAGGAAACAAACAACUUGAAGCAUACAUACAUUCACUUCUGAAGAACACAAACCGCAUGAUAAUGUACUGUUUUCUGCCAUCAUUCUUGAGCACGAUUGGGGAGAAUCAUUUCUUGUCAAGGAUUGGUUUCCAAAUUGAACCGAAUAAAAAUUUUCUGAUAAAUACUGCAGAAGAUAGCACUUCCAGCAUUGAUGUAUGCACAGUCUUGCAGCUACUAAUUGCCCAUCAGCGACUUAUAUUUUGUCCAAGUAAUGUAGAUUCUGACUUGAUUUGUUGUCUCACCAUAAACUUGAUAUACCUUCUUCGAGAUAGAAGAAGAACUGCGCAAAACAUGGCAAUGGAUAUUCUCAAGUAUUUGUUAUUGCAUCGCCGUGCUGCACUGGAGGAAUUACUUGUUUCCAAACCAAGUCAAGGACAAGUUCUAGAUGUUUUACAUGGAGGUUUUGACAAACUAUUGACUGGAAGUUCUUCAGCUUUCUAUGAAUGGCUUCAUAAGUCUGAACAGAUUGUCAGAAAAGUGUUGGAGCAGUGUUCUGCUAUAGUGUGGGUACAGUAUAUUGCUGGGUCAGCAAAAUUCCCUGCUGUGAGAAUAAAAGGUAUGGAAGUACGUCGGAAAAGAGAAAUGAUACGAAGAUCAAAAGAGGUGUCAAAGUUGGACUUUAAACACUUUGAACAGAUGAGUGAGAGGAGAUAUGCACUAGAACUGGUCCGAGAGGCAAUGUCAACUGAGCUGAGAGUUCUUCGUCAAGAUAAAUAUGGUUGGGUGCUUCAUGCUGAGAGUGAGUGGCAAUACCAUCUUCAGCAACUUGUACAUGAGAGAGGAAUAUUUCCAGUACAGUCUUCUCUUUUCACUAAAGAACCUGAUUGGCAGCUCUGCCCCAUUGAAGGGCCAUACCGUAUGCGUAAAAAGUUAGAGCGUUGCAAGCUGAGGAUUGAAACUAUUGAUGAUAUCUUGAACAAGUUCCAAGAUUCAAGAGAAGAAGGUCUGACCAAGGAAAAUGAUGAUUAUCCUGUUGAAUCUGAGUCAAAUCCAGACUCACUUUUUCACAUUUUAUCUGGUGAUGCCCAGGAGAAGUGCUUUAAUGGGAUGGAUUAUGAUGAUUCUUUUUUUAAAGAAGCAGAGGAAUUUAUUGAUGGAGGUUCCUCUUCUGCUCAAAUUGGUUGGAAUGAUGACCAGUGUAGCAGCAAGAACGAGCAAAGUUUGCACUCAGCCCUUGAACCCGUUGUCAAAUCAAGCUCAUUUUCUGUUCAAAUGACAGAGAGUUUUAAUGGAAGAUCGGAUCUGGGUUCUCCUCGCCAAUCUUCCUCAAUGAGAAUCGAUGAAUCAAAAGGUGCCGUGGAAAAGCCAGAGAAAGAACUAUAUGACAAUGGUGAAUACUUAAUUAGACCUUAUCUAGAACCAUUUGAGAAGAUUAGGUUUCGCUACAAUUGUGAACGUGUUGUUGGACUAGACAAACACGAUGGCAUUUUUCUAAUUGGGGAUCUUUGUUUAUAUGUAAUCGAGAACUUUUACAUUGAUGAUGAUGGUUGUAUAUGUGAGAAGGAAUGUGAAGAUGAACUCUCUGUCAUAGAUCAAGCUUUGGGUGUGAAGAAGGACGUUACUGGCAGCUCAGAUUUCCAGCCAAAGAGUCCUGCACCUUGGGAGACUACAGUUAAAGCAUUAGUUGGAGGAAGAGCAUGGGCUUAUAGUGGUGGUGCUUGGGGCAAGGAAAAAGCUUGCAAUAGUGGCCAUCUGCCUCAUCUAUGGCGAAUGUGGAAGCUCGAAAGUGUUCAUGAGAUUUUAAAACGUGACUAUCAGCUACGUCCUGUUGCAAUUGAAAUAUUUAGCAUGGAUGGCUGUAAUGAUCUGCUAGUUUUCCACAAGAGGGAAAGAGAAGAAGUAUUCAAGAAUUUGGUGGCAAUGAAUCUCCCAAGGAACAGCAUGUUGGACACUACAAUCUCUGGGUCGCUAAAGCAAGAGAAUAGUGAGAGGGGCCGUCUUUUCAAGAUUAUGGCCAAGUCAUUUUCGAAAAGAUGGCAGAAUGGAGAAAUUAGCAACUUUCAGUACCUCAUGCACCUAAACACUCUUGCUGGACGUGGAUAUAAUGAUCUCACACAGUAUCCAGUUUUCCCUUGGGUUCUUGCAGACUAUGAAAGUGACACUCUCAAUCUUUCAGAUCCCAAGUCAUUUCGUAAGCUUGAUAAACCAAUGGGCUGCCAAACUCCAGAAGGAGAGGAGGAAUUUAGGAAAAGGUAUGAAAGUUGGGAUGAUCCAGAUGUCCCAAAAUUUCACUAUGGUUCACACUACUCUAGUGCUGGUAUUGUGCUAUUCUAUCUUCUAAGGUUGCCUCCAUUCAGUAUGGAGAAUCAGAAGCUACAAGGGGGGCAGUUUGAUCAUGCUGAUCGUCUUUUCAACAGCGUAAGAGAUACAUGGUUGAGUGCUUCAGGUAAGGGUAAUACAUCUGAUGUGAAGGAGCUCAUCCCUGAGUUCUUUUACAUGCCAGAGUUCCUCGAAAACAGAUUUCAUCUUGACUUGGGUGAAAAACAAUCAGGAGAGAAGGUUGGUGAUGUGUUGCUACCACCUUGGGCAAAAGGCAGUGCCAGAGAGUUCAUAAGAAAGCACAGGGAGGCACUGGAAUCAAAUUAUGUUUCUGAGAAUCUGCAUCACUGGAUAGAUCUUAUCUUCGGGUAUAAACAAAGAGGGAAGGCAGCAGAGGAAUCUGUUAAUGUUUUCUAUCAUUAUACAUAUGAGGGUAGCGUCGAUAUUGAUUCUGUAUCAGAUCCUGCCAUGAAAGCUUCUAUAUUGGCACAGAUUAACCAUUUCGGUCAGACGCCUCGGCAACUCUUCCUUAAACCACAUGUGAAGCGUCGCUCUGACUGUAAGCCACCCAUGCACAUAUUGCGACAUUAUAAUGAGUUGGUUUCACAUGAGGUUCGGAAAGCAGCAUCUCCUAUAACUCAAAUUGUCACCUUCUAUGAGAAAAUCCUCGUUGCUGGAGCAAAUAACCUGUUAAAACCAAUUACAUACAGCAAGUACAUUGCAUGGGGAUAUCCUGAUCGUAGUUUACGAUUUAUAAGCUAUGACCAGGACAGGCUCCUCUCGACCCAUGAGAACCUUCAUGGAGGAAGCCAAUUGCGGUGUGCAGGAGUUAGUCAUGAUGGCAAUAUUUUGGUGACUGGUGGCGAUGAUGGAGUUGUUUCUGUUUGGCGAAUAGGCAAGGAAGGAAACCGUGGGCAAUGUCGGUUACAGUUAAAGAGGUCUCUGUGUGCCCACACAGCCAAGAUUACAUGUUUGUUUGUCAGCCAACCUUACACCCUGAUAGUGAGUGGCUCAGAGGAUCACACUGUUAUAUUGUGGGAUCUUAGCGGCUUGGUGUUUGUAAAGCAGUUGCCUGAAUUUCCUGCACCUGUUUCAGCUGUGUAUGUCAAUGACUUAACUGGUGAGAUUGUCACAGCAGCUGGAGUUCUGCUUGCUGUGUGGAGCAUAAAUGGCGAGUGCCUGGCAGUGGUGAACACGUCUCAACUGCCAUCAGAUUCAAUCUUGUCAGUGACAAGCUCCAUUUCUUCUGAUUGGCUGGAGACAAACUGGUUUGUCACUGGACAUCUGAGUGGAGCCAUCAAGAUUUGGCGCAUGGUCCAUUUCUCAGAUGAAGUUCAGGCAAGCAGCGAGGCAAAUAGCAAGAUCAAGUCUCCUGUUAGUGGCACAGGAGCAGGUCUUGGGUUGAGUAUGAAGGCCCUGGAGUACAGGUUGAUACUUUGUAAGGUUCUUAAGAUCCAUAAACAUUCAGUGACUGCGCUGCAUCUCACUUCUGACCUGAAGCAGCUAUUGAGUGGGGAUUCUGGUGGUUUCUUGCUCUCAUGGACCCUACCUGAUGAGAGUGUGAGAAGCUCAUUUAAUCAGCGCAUGAUGGCCAAUGACAGAACUCCUGCUUCCUGAUUCUCUCUUGUCUGAUCAUCAGGGCUUGAAUGUAUCUGCUUUUAGCUAUCCUUGCCAAAGGAACAACUGCAUUGAAGAUGCAGCGCACCCAGAUGUCUGGACUAUUUUGAGGUCUUGAUUUCUGGCUGGAAAAGAUGUUCCUUCGGCUGGUUCAGACCAGUAGAUUGGCAAGGACAAGAACCCCGGAUGCAAAGUUUUUCAAGGCAAAAAGAAAAGAAAAGAAAUGAACACACACAAGUUGACAUACAUGACACAAGCAGUAGAACCAGGCACUAAAACAGAGGACAUGCAGAAUUCUGCUUCCGUUCUUGACUGGCUCUCCAUGGGCGGUUGAUCGUGGAUCAGCAGUAAUAUGCCUCCAUGAUCCACGUCCUGGCUGCAGGUAUUUUCUUGGUGUAAAUAGUUGCUAACGUAUGUGUGGUUGUAUAGGGUGGCCUGCAUAUGAUCUAAGAAUCUUAUGCUCCACCAUUAGCAAGACUGGCUGCUUUAAUGUUUCGGUCAUUCUUUGUAUGGAUGCAACAGAGGCAUCUGUCGCACCCUUCGUUUCGAUAUCAGGUAGAAAGGAGAAAGGAAGUGGUUUUUUCUUUUUGCUCCCUCAUGUCCCGUUGCCUUGUUUUUUGGCAGGAAUAGUUUUGUCAUUCUGUUAAUUAUGAGUUGUUAUUUGUUAAAAAAUCUCCUUUGUUGCCCUUGUUUA